CAAUAAACCCUAACCUCAAUCAACGCUUCCCUCGUACGGCCAUCAGAUUUCCCUUUCUUUGAUGAUUAUUAUUUUUUUAAGAGAAAUUUCACGUACCAAUAUUCAAACGAACGGAGAGGUCGCAAUUAAGUUGGAAAACGUGAAGACAAAGCAUCCUCAAUUGCUGUAUGAAUCAAAAUUAUAUAAGAGCUACAGGGAGGAAGUACUUUUUCCUUGGAAUGGAUUCUAAGAAGCAAAGGAUUAGUAUUUUCAAUAAUCUGAUUGUUUUCCUGAUUCAAUUAAUUUUGCGUCAUACUGUCUCAAUCUUUGGCAGCUGGAAUUGCAAAUGUUAAAUGGUUUGGUAUUGAAGGGGUCUACGAAUGUCCUUGUUAUAGAUUUACUGGGGUCUAGCCUCAAGGAUUUAUUCAACUUCUGCAGUAGGAAAUUGUCACUGAGGACUGUUCUUAAGCUUGCAGACCAGAUGUUAAAUAGGAUUGAAUUUGUUCAUUCCAAGUUAUUUCUACAUCGAGAUAUCACACCAGACAACUUUCUGAUGGGCUUAGGAAGGCGUGCGAAUGGGGUAUCCUUUUUUGUUUUUGAAACAUGUUAUUUGUUUCUAUUCCUUGGCACUUUCUCUUUUUUUUUUUGAUUCGUCAGUUGUUUUUACUUCAAUAUAUGUCUUCAUCAUUGAUUUUGGUCUGGCUAAGAAGUAUAGAGAUACCACAACAGCAUAUUCCUUAUAGGUCAAUCUUUUGGAAUAAUUUAUCGUUGUCCACAGAUGUAAUGGUAAUUUUAUUAUUAUUGUUUCGUUGUCCUUUUUCUCUAAUCUUCUCUUGCUACCUCUAAUAGCUUCUAGAUUAAGUGUUUCUUAUAUAUUUUGAUCUUUAUCUUAAAUCUGUCUCACCCUUGAUAUUUUAAUUACAGAGAAAAUAAGAAUUUAACUGGAAC